AUGCCGCGCAAGCCGGUUGCUAACUUCCUGUCGUGGGCGUCGAAUGUGCUCGAGGCUGUCGACCAAUCAGCGGCGAGCUUGAGCGACUCCACAAACCCCCAUCGCAGGAAGCACCGGCGUGAGUGGGGCGCGGCGACGGACGGGCAGCUGUCGGACUCGCCGUGGGUGGACGCGAGCGACGGCGACGCCAGCAGCGCCGGGUACGCCAGCGACCACCUCCUAACGCUGGGGGGAUGCCGCGCCUGGGAAGGCCCGGAGGGGCGACGUGCAGUGGCGGGCGGAGGAGGGCUGGAGUCGGGGGGUGAGCGCGGGGAGGGGCGGGUGGGGGACAGAAAGGUGCUGGGCGGAGUGGUGGAGGGGGAGGGGGAGCGGGGCGGUUGGGGCACGCAUGGCAGUGGUGGGGGUGUGGGGGCGAGUGGUGGGAGCGCGAGUGGGCAGGGGCUUGCGAGCAGCAGCAGCCUGGGCGGUGAGGGGCGUGGAGGUGGAGAACAGCAGGACGCAGAGGAGGGCAGUGCGCGUGCAGGCGGGGGGCAUGCGACAGGCAGUGGCAGCAGCGGUGGUGCUUUGAGGCGUGCAAGGGAGGGUGGCGCUGCUGCUGCGGGCGGCAAGUGGGGUGGCGAGGGAAGCGCAUUGAGCGGCAGGGGCGAGUGGCAUGCACAUGAGUUCGAGGCGUGGGGCGGCGAGUGGGAGAUGCAGGGAAUGGGGGACGAAGGAGGGGAGGGAGGUGGUGGUGAGGAGGCGACAGAGGAUAGUGGGGGGGUGCAGGGGAAGGGUAGAGGAGAGGAAUCACUAAGCAAGGAAAGUCCAAAUGGAGAAACGGGAGAACUGGCAGAUGAUAGGGAUGAGGGGGUUGGCGCAGCAGUGGCAGAAGGGCGAGGUGAAGUUGGGGGAAGCAGCAGGAGCGCAAGUGGCAGAAGCGGAGGUGCCAGUGAGGCCACUCUCCCAAGCAGCGCGAGCAGCAGCGAUGGCAAAGCUGCUGUGAGUGCGAAGAGCAGCAGCACAGCUGCAGAGGAGCCCGGUGAUGCAGAGAGUGACAGCGCGACUGCACUGCAGUCCACAAGUCUCGCCAGCAUGGCGGGCAGCAGCAGCAGCAGCAGCAGCAGCAGGCGGGGGGUGUUGGGAUCACAGGUGCCACGGGUGCUGGCGGUGGCGCGCAGCCCGUCGGUGGAGAUGGACGCCAUGCGCUCGUGGCGACGGCACAUGGAGGCACACGCGUGGACCAGCACUGCCAUGCGCUCUGAGUUUGACCAGGCCAGCCGCGAGUGCAGCCAGAUGGAGGCGCGGGUGUCAGUGGUGGUGGGCGAGAUAGAGCGGCUGCAGCAGGCAGCGCAGCACAUGGCUGACAGGGCGGCCCAGGAGAUCGGCAGCCUGCAUGCUGAGCUGGCAGCUGCCACGUCAGCACUGGAGCAGGAGAGAUCCAAACAUGCUGCGACACGCCAUGAGGCGGAGGAGAGGCAGGGGGCGCUGAGGGAGGAGCAGGCAGGGCAGGAGAGGGCAGUGGCGCGCAUUCGGAGGCAGAUGGAGGAGCGUGUGGCGGAGCACACGCGGGUCACUCGCUGCAUUCAGGACCUUGAGGCGCGGCACAGGCUGCUCACUGCACGCCUGUCUGCCAUGCAGGGUGCCACGCACGCCCGUGAGAGCAGCACCACUGCUGGCACUGCAGUGCCCGGCCCAGCCGCUGCCACCACUGCCGCGUCGCUGCAUGAUGCCAGGGGUGCUGCUGCUGGCUCGGGUGCUGCUGGCUUGGGUGGAGAGGUGCAGCAGCAAGAACAUGGAGGGGGGGAGGGGGAGGGGCAAGAGGGAUCAAGGCAUGUGCAGGGAGAUGCAGCAGCGGGGGACGACGUGAGAGAUGAUGGGGCGGAGAGGGAGAGUGAGACAUCUGGAUCCCCUCAGUUCAGUACCCACCACUCACAUCUCACCCCACUGCUGCGAUUGCCACGUCACCAGGCCACGUUGGAUGCUGAGGUGGCAUCACUGAGACACCAACUGCACGCCCUACAGGCAGCGCUGGCCAAGCAGCCGUCCGCAGGUGAGCACAGCGGGCAGUGUGAGCAGAGCGGGCAGUGUGAGCAGAGCGGGCAGUGUGAGCACAGCGAGCAGUGUGAGCACAGCGGGCAGUGUGAGCAGAGCGGGCAGUGUGAGCAGAGCAGGCAGUGUGAGCAGAGCGGGCAGUGUGAGCACAGCGGGCAGUGUGAGCAGAGCGGGCAGUGUGAGCAGAGCGGGCAGUGUGAGCAGAGCGGGCAGUGUGAGCACAGCGGGCAGUGUGAGCAGAGCGGGCAGUGUGAGCAGAGCGGGCAGUGUGAGCAGAGCGGGCAGUGUGAGCAGAGCGGGCAGUGUGAGCAGAGCGGGCAGUGUGAGCAGAGCGGGCAGUGUGAGCAGAGCGGGCAGUGUGAGCAGAGCGGGCAGUGUGAGCAGAGCGGGCAGUGUGAGCAGAGCGGGCAGUGUGAGCACAGCGGGCAGUGUGAGCACAGCGGGCGCCCGGGGCUGCACAGUGGGGUGCUCAUUGCCCUCCAUUGCCAUGCCGCCAUUUCCCGUCAUUGUCUGGCCGGCCUCUCAUCCCGCCAUUGCCAUCCCUCCCGGCCCGCCAUUGGGCAUGGCGGCAUGCGUAGCAGGGGAGCGCGAGAAGCAACUGGAGCGCCGCCUGAGGGCGCUGUCGGAGAAUGUGCAGGGCAAGCAGGCAUAGCCACACUGUCACCUCACUUCCAAGCUCUGUCUCCGUUCAAUCCGAAUAUGAGGCUCUCACCCCUCUGUUGUAGUUCCCCUUCACCCCCUCUCACCCUCCUUCCCCCCUUCCUCCCUCUUUCCCCUCUCACCACCCUCUUCCACUCCCCCCCUUCCCUCCCCACCCGGCAGGGGCAGGCGGAGGUGCUGAGCAGCGAGGUGGCGUGGCUGCAGCAGAAGCUGGACCACACGCGGGGGGAGCGCGGGCGCCUGCUGCUGGCCGUGGGGGAGCAGAGCGGCGGCAGUGGGGGCGGUUUAGGGAGGGUGGGGGGGUUGCAGGACGAGGUUGAGAGCAGGGAGAGAGGGCGGUGGCGGGGUGAGGGGAGCAGAGAGUGGGGUGGGAGCAGAGGGGCUGAGCACUGUAUGGUGGCAGCGCUGAGCUGGAUGUGGGGGGUCUGUGCUGGCGGUUCAGGGGCGCGAGGCAGCACGGAGGACGAUCCGAGUGGCAAGAGCAAGCAGAGGGCGCUGGGCGUGCGCGUGUGGGAGCAGGUGGUGGACGCCGCACGAGCGCUGGACGCCAUGAGUCUGCGCGUCGGCACCGCGCUGCAGCGCAACUCCUUUGUGCGCUCGCUCGUGGUGGCAUACGUGCUUGCGCUGCACCUCUCUGUCUUCCUCGUUCUCUCAUUUGUCAGCCUUGAACAUGCCCUACACAACUACUAG